AUGACGGCAAAGAAGAUCAUUACCGUGUUUGGAGCCACUGGCCAGCAAGGUGGUUCGGUGGUUUCCGCGAUCCUUCAAGAUGCCAGACUUUCGAGCGAGUGGUCUGUUCGUGCUGUAACCCGGGACACCACGAAAGAGUCCGCCAAGAAGCUCGCGGCCCAGGGCGCCGAGACUGUCCAGGCCGAUUUAUCUGACAAGAAGUCGGUCGUCCAAGCUAUUGCCGGGGCUGAGGCCGUGUUCGCCGUGACCAACUACUGGGAAUCCCUGAACGCAGAGCUCGAGGUCAAACAGGGAAAAGACAUUGCCGAUGCCGCUCAAGAAACUGGCGUCAAGCACUUCAUUUGGAGCUCUCUCAUGGAUGUCAAGAAAUUGACCAACGGCAAGCUCCCCCACGUCUACCACUUUGACGGUAAGGCUGCGGUGGAGGAGCAUACCCGCUCUCUUGGCAUCCCCGCAACUUUCUUUAUGCCAGGCUUCUACAUGACCAACAUUCCCGGCCAGGCAAUGCGCGCCGACCCCCCCGCUCACGUGUGGACUCUGGCGUUGCCGAUGCCCGAGAGCGCACCCAUUCCCGUCUUCGAUAUCACCGACACGGGCAAAGUCGUCAAAUCCAUCAUUCAGAACAAGGAAAAGGUCCUGGGAAAGCGGGUGCUGGGUGCUUACAAAUACAUGACGCCGAAGGAGCUCCUCGAGGAGUUCAAGGCCGUGUUUCCCGAGGCUGGCAAGGAUGCGACCUUCUUCUCGCUUCCCCACACGGCUUACACCGACAUUCUCAAAGGCAUGGGACUCCCCGACUUUGCCGCAGAGGAAAUGCUCGAGAACAUGCGUCUCAUGGACGAGGGCGGCUACUAUGGCGGUGCAUCUCUAGACGAGUCGCACGCGCUCCUCGAGGACCCUCUAACGAGCUGGAAGGAAUUCCUCGCGAAGGCACCGGCAUUCAAGGAUCUGAUGUAA